AUGGAAAUGGAUGUGUUUCUGUUAGCGGGGAACUGCACAUGGGCAUUGGAUUGGCAUAAAUGCAAGAUGUGUGGUGAAGUUAUGUUGAUGGCUGAUGAACUUCCGGGUAUGCCAAGUGGAAGUUGCACCAUAAAUUUUUCAGCAGUUUUUCAACAUGUGUCGAGAUUCAAGCUGCGUCGUGCUCCAACAAUGAAAACCCCGUCUAAUUCAACGUCAUCGUCAAAUUCAUUACCCGGUUAUUUUUCUUGGGACACCUUGACGGAGAACAACACACCUGGUCUCCACUCUCCUUUUUUUUUCCCUUCCCAAUGGAGAUGCAAAGAGGAGAUAGAAUCACAUGCUUAUUCUAAAGGGUUGUUGAAUAAUCUAACACAAACCUUUGGUUCUUGUGGAGUACUGGAGUUGAUCUUUGACAAGCGAGUAUUUGUGUGCAAUUCGAUAUCCACACAGGGACAACGGGCCAUUGAAAGCAUAAUUUCUCUUCAUGAAAAUGGUGUUACCAUUAUUAUAUCUUUUAGGUUGAGGAGCUUUUGAAAGGAUAAGACAACGUACGCACACUUCAAGAUCUUUACCAGAAAGUGGGGAAUGUUCGGUUAUUGAAACAGAAGAGCUACAUUUUAUCAUCUUAACUUAUAAAACUCUAUUAUUUGGAUAACUUUAUACAAUAUAAUUACUUAUUUUUUGGGACACUUCAUUUGGUGCCCUAAGGCGAAGAUGCUCGACUAUGAUGACAUUCAAAGGCACACAAACUGGGAGAGACAGGGAAUAACCUAACAUGGAGAAGACAAAUAUAUUGCAUUAUCCUAACCAAAUUUAGCAGUGUACUUUUCAUUCUUUUAGAACAAGUAAACAUGAAUGAUUGUAUUCUCUAUUUCAUGUCGCAGUCUUUUGAUAUAACUUCAAGUUAUGAGACCGAC